UUUGGACUGUAACGAUGUGGGUGUACUGCACGGUCGCUGUUUGUCUCGCUUUGGAAUUUGUUUUAAAUUGCGCUAAUUUACUGCAAGUGUACUUUCUAUAUAUAAUGUUUUGUACUGAAACUGACGGCAAUUAUAUACGCAAAAGUGGUCGCCACAGCUUGGGAUACCGUUAGUAGAAAUGCAGUUUAGAGAUCGCAGUGGGCCGUUACGCUCCACAUUGUUAAAGUAAUGUUCAAACUGGAUCGACGGAAGACGUUGCUUCUGAUGUUUGCAGUUUCUGCGGUUAGCGCGCAACAGAGCAACGAUGCACAAGAGGGUCAUUCGGGUCAUCAAUGCGACUGCAUGGAGUAUUGGGAGUGCAUAAGCGCCGGAGGAAAACCUUAUUCUUACUGUGUUUAUUCCAAUAAAGUUUGCUGCUUUAUCGAUCAAAAUGCCAAAACGGUGGGGAUCCUUCCUAGAAGAGGGAAAUCGACUUCCUGCGGACAGAAGGGGGUGGACAAUAGAAAAGACGGUUUUUCAGAACCGGGGGAGUGGGCUUGGCACGCAGCAAUUCUGGAGAAACCUCGCGAUCUGUACGUAUGCGGAGCGUCUUUAGUAGACGAAUAUUGGGUGAUGACCGCGGCUCAUUGCGUCGAUGAUUUUGUCGAUAGCAAAUCGCUGAAGGUGCGCCUGGGAGAAUAUGACGUUCUAAGAUCGAGCGAGCCUCAGAAGCACGAGGAAUUUCAAGUGUCCAGAGUAAUAAUACAUCCGGGUUUCGUUAACACUACCCUGUUGCACGACAUAGCGUUACUGAGACUGUCCACUCCAGCAAAACGUCGCUCUCACAUCAACACGGUUUGCAUGCCUGGUAACGAGCUGUCGGAGAAAGCCUUAACAGCCUCUAAAUGCAUAGUCACGGGAUGGGGAAAGAGAAGCGAAAGAGGUAAUCAUUCGGUUGUUCUGAAAGAAAUUAUUGUCCCUGUUUGGAAAAAUAACGAUUGCGAGAGAUCCAUGAAACUGCAAUUUGGUCCCAAUUAUCAGCUACCUUCUUCUGUCGUGUGUGCGGGAACGACGGGCAGAGAUGCGUGUGACGGUGACGGAGGAGGUCCUUUAGUGUGCGAGAAAAAUAACCAUUGGUAUCAAAUUGGGAUAGUGUCCUUCGGAAUUGGGUGCGGAAGACCGAACGUUCCCGGAGUAUACACCAGAGUUCAUAGUUAUAAACAAUGGAUUCACGACGUAGUGUUGAAUUCCUGAUGACUCGUCGAAUAAUAAAGAAAUUUUCAUAAUUUUAAAAUGAAGAAAAACAAAUUCCGAAAUCUAGAAAAGACUGAUAUAUCGGCGCUCCGUCGGAGCGGAUAAUGAAAUAAGUGUAAAUAAAAAUUCGUUUAAAGUAUUUAAAUAAACUGAAUAGAGAUUUUUAACUUUCAAAAAUUAUAAAU